AUGGGUUCGCUCGGCAGCUUCCUCGUUGUAUACGUCUUCGGGGGCCUCACAUUCAUCCCCCUGGUCCUUUCGCUGAUUAUUCUCUACGCCUAUCUGACCCUUCCAAACGCGCCUUCUCCGGAUCAACCGUACGAACGAGCUCCCGAUGGGCUCCGUCAGCCUACCGACGAUGAGCAUAGCUUGAAGUCUGGUACUGACCAGCUAGCUGAGAAGUUCCACCGCACCCAUGAUUCCGAAGUCGCUACUGGAUACUUUGCUGUCUGUCGUGAAUAUGUCCCUGGUGGAGUAAAUGGGAAGCCCCCGGAGAGGACGACGCCUGCGGGGGAGGUUGUUGCCGCCGAAAGUCCCAGCGUCUAUCAGGCUAUGUACCGGAGUUUGUUCGACAGGAAGCAGGCGCCUAGUAUCGAGCCCGCGAAAUCGAAUGGGAAGAAUAUCAAACGUGCGCGGAAUGUGUUCUAUAUUGUCCUUCGACAUGGACAUUUAAUGCUUUACGACGAUGCAAACCAAGUCGAAGUUCGCUAUGUCAUCUCGCUCGCUCAUCACGACGUUACCAUUCACAGCGGAGAAGGGGAUAUACCAGAAGGCGAGCUGUGGAUCAAGCGGAAUGCCAUCUGUCUCUCGCGGCGACUGGAUUCGCUAGGAGACCUGGGAGGUCCGACACCACCGUUCUUUUUGUUUUCAGAGAACCUGUCGGAGAAGGAGGAUUUCUAUCUUGCAAUGCUUCGCAAUCAGUCUAAGCUUUGGGAUUCGGCGGACCGGCCGCCAAAGCGUCAGGAGUUUGAGACGAAGCAUAUUGUCUCGUUGGUUCAACGCCUGCAUUCCUCGGAGGAACAAUUGCAGACAAGGUGGAUCAAUGCUUUCUUUGGUCGUCUGUUCCUUGCCUUGUAUCGAACACCGGAGCUGGAGGAGUUUGUGCGAAGCAAGAUUGCCAAGAAGAUCUCGCGCGUGAACAAGCCGAACUUUAUCAGCAAGGUUGGCCUGCAGAGGAUAGAUAUGGGCGAAGGCGCACCAUUCCUCACGAACCCCCGGUUGAAGGACUUGACUGUCGACGGCAAUUGCUGCAUCGAGGCAGACGUUCAAUACUCGGGAAAUUUCCGGGUGGAGAUCUCGGCCACCGUGCGUAUCGAUCUGGGCCAGCGGUUCAAAGCGAGAGAGGUCGAUAUCGUGCUGGCCGUGGUAUUGAAGAAGCUGGAGGGCCAUCUGCUGAUCCGGUUCAAGCCUUCUCCUAGCAAUCGAUUCUGGAUGUCCUUUGAGACCAUGCCUAAGAUUGAGAUGGACGUGCAGCCUAUCGUCAGCUCGAAGCAGAUUACCUUCAGCCCUAUUCUGCGCACUAUCGAGAGUAAGAUCCGAGAAGUGGUAGCCGAAAGCAUCGUUUUGCCGUUCUGGGAUGACGUCCCAUUCAUGGAUACCCAUGGUCAGGCCUUCCGUGGAGGUAUCUGGGAGCGAGAGACCCCCGAACCCGAACCCCAGAUGGAUAUCCCUGAUCAAUCGGGUGACGCGCCGGCGCCGCCAACGAGCCUUCGUGGAGAAAUGUCACUCGAAGCUCUCAAGUCGAAAGACGACCGAACAAUGAGCAUGCCUAUUCUUCCCGAGUCGAGUCCCGCCAAAACCAAAGUUAAAUCUCGCAAGGGCUUGAAGCCAUCGGUUUCAGACUUGCCAAAUGUUUCAGUCGCUGCUGCUAGCGGCGUCGAGAGAUCCGAAAGCAUGCCACUACCCCGUGCCAUUCGAUCACAGACCUUCUCCCACGCUGCCGAUCCAGUGGUCACGACAGAUAAUGCCAAUCAAGUGGUGACAGAGCCCAAGGGUGAAGAGAAGAACAGUGCCACCAGCGCCAUGAUUGAAAUCUCAAAACGCUCGCCGCCUGCUUCCCCGAACCGGACACCAAGUAACUCUCCACCUACUGGAGGCAUUAUGAUGCCGGAGAAUGCCAUCCAUAGCCGAGGAUCCUCCAUUGCAGAUUCCAUCGAUGGCCUCAGCAUCUACAGCGACCAUGUCAUUCAAAGUCCCUCGUCUGCUCGUUUUGACAAUAACUCCUUGUCUGGACCGCGGAACUCUCGAGGAAGCUCGACCACUUCCCUUGGUAACGAUAAGCCUCGGCGGCGUAGCACCAUCGAGACUUUGACCAAAUCGCUGACGCCGAACAUGCAAUCUGAUGAGAAGCCCCUUGGGAACAUGACUAUUGGAUCAGCAACUGCGGCUGCGAAGAAAUGGAGUUGGAGUGUGUUUGGCAAAGGUGACUUGAAUUCCGAGGAGCCAUCCCGGACUCCAUCCCGGACUCCAACAGCGCCUCUCAACGAGCCCAUCGGCCGUGGCCAUCCCCAUCCUCCCCCCGGAGCACCUCUACCACGGCCAGACAAGUACGCUCUAAAGCGGAAUUCGGGGACUUUGCCCAAACGCAAGCCUGUGGGAGUACCAUCAGUUUUACCCGAAAAGACCAGCACAAACGAGACUCGACCUGUCCCCGCUCCACCUCUACCUCGCAGGAAAUCCAGCACGAAUGGUCCUCGGCCCGUCCCUCCUCCACCUUUGCCUCGCAGGAAACCCAUUCCCCAGCAAAUCCACACCGAUAAUGUGACCGACGACCUACUAGUUGUUCAAGCGCCACAUGACUCUGCACCAGACAGUCCAGCUACUGGGGAGCUGGAAUUGGACGAGACUUCGACAGCCCCGUCUAUUCUGGAGAGCGAGACGUCUUCCAAGGCGGACACCUCGGAAGCGGAACUGAAAUGGAACGAUGAAGAUGGACAAGAUGUCGAGUCUUUACCAUCUUCAUGA